AGUGAAGUUUCCAGUAUUUAAAGUGUCCGCCUCAUGGUUUCUGAUAUUACAGUUAUUUCUCCUCUUUACCUAGUUUCUAUUCGGUCCAAGCAAAUCCGAAUCGCUCGCAGUCGUGGCUCCUGAUGGCGGGGCAACUUUCUAGCAAGCUCUUUGUGAGCCGGCUGUCAUUUUACACCACGAAUGAAGGACUGGGGAGGCUGUUUUCUCCUUUUGGCGUGGUUGCAGAUGCCAGGCUAGUUUAUGACUCCAAAACGAAAAGGAAUAAAGGGUUUGGUUUUGUCACCUUUGAUUCAGAGACUGAAGCACAGAAUGCUCUCAACGCCAUGAACGGCAGGAUAAUAAAUGGAAGGCUGAUCUUAGUGGAAUUUGCAAAGACCGAACGACAAGGAGAAGGUUGCUCUUGAGCAUUGGCUGUUUCUUUUUCUUUGUUUGGUGCCAUGGUAUUGAAUUACACAUACCAAUGUUUACUCCAUGGACCAGUAGCUUAGAAACAAGUAUGGGUUACUUUGCAAAUAAUCUUUUUUUGAUGAAUAUGAAAAGGCCACAUCGUUGCUACCAUGGUGGUAGCCCAACAGUUUGGGAAUUCUCGAGUCUCAAGGGUCAGAGGUUCGAAUCUUAAACCCAAUCUGCUUGCGAGACGGUCUAGACUCAUAACGCCAAAAUGAGCAGUAUGAGCAAGGCAUGACCUUGUGCACUAAGGUCGGGUUAAGUUAAUAAGAUUGCAUUUUUGACGAUAAUUAUAGCUCAAACUAAAUAUUA